AUGGCAAGUCUGGGUCUGAAUAGAGGCCGUGUCGACGUGUGUGGCGCGCUCUGGGCCCAAACUCUGUCGGGGACCUUUGACAUCCAGUCUCAAGAUAUGCUCGGUGUCCGUAUCUUUGCAAGGAAAGGAAAGCCUGUAACUUGGGAGUCGGGACACCAAUUCCAAUUUCAGUACCAGAUGGAACCCCGAGUCGAUGUGCCCAUGUCCCGCGACAGGAGGCUGAGUUUUGAGGCUUGCGUCAUCUUCUCAUCUCUCAAAGGGGAAAGCGGAGUCGUACGCGGCAUGGAAGCUUCCCCCGUUUUCCCCAGAGGGAAUACCACGACCGCAGUCUCGGGACACCGUGUUUCAAGACUUCUUCCCCAAAAGAAGUACGGCUUCAAGACAGAAAGCAAAGGCCCCAAAGGGAGUCUCGGAGAAAAGCAAGGCUCCCCAAUCGAAUUCGCGUACCACCCGAGGCCAGGUGCUUGGGGCUUGGAGACCGGCGAGACAGCAGUAAUAAACAACGUGGUGUCCUGGUCGACGGAUGAUGUUCACAAGGAUCGACGUAGCCCCGGUCGCGCGAGGCCCACCCGGGAAUAUGCAACCCAAAACCCCUUUUUCAACGACAUUCAAGCGCGAGUCGUGCGAUUCGAUAUCAUCACCGCCGCUAUUUGA